UUCACCGCACAAAGGCAGAUGAUGGUUUUUCUAACAGCUAAAAUGAUGCAAAGGACCGCGCUCUUUGUGACGGUUGGAGGCUUGGUGACAUCUCUGAUCACCACCUUCCUUCCACAUUGGAAAACAAUGAACUCUGAUCUCAAUGAAGUGGAGAACUGGUUCUCUGGGCUGUGGCACACCUGCCUCUACACCGAGGAAGUGGGAAUUCAGUGUAAGGCCUACGAUUCCAUCAUGGGACUGCCGAUGGACCUGCAGAUCUCCAGGGUGCUCAUGUCAGUGUCUAUUGGUACUGGUGCUUCAGCUGUAUUGGCUGCUUUCCCGGGUCUAGAGGGGGUUGAGAUGUGUAUGGAGCCGCCUGGUCUGAAGAGAAGGCUCCUCAUCUUUAGUGGGGUGCUGUCCUGGGUGUCUGGACUCACUACUCUGGCUCCUGUGUCUGUUGUGGCCUACACAACUGUGGUGGACUUCUGGGACGAGGGUUUUCCUGAUGUGAUGCCACGAUGGGAGUAUGGGGAGGCGAUGUUCUCCGGAUGGUUUGGAGGCCUGGCACUGGUCAUCGGAGGGACUUUGUUCUUUGUAGCUGUAUGCAUGGGCGACUACGACCGGCAGACAUCGAGUGUACCAAACAGCCCACAGGUGAAGCAAAAGACACAGCACUACCUAAAGACGGAGGUUUUAUAACUUGGACAUUCCCAUAUGUG